UUAUGGCAGCGGGCGCGGAAAACUCAUAGACAACACAGAAGCGAAGCAAAACAAAUCAAAUCAACGUUCGCAUAACGCAUUGCUCUGCGAUCGUUGCAAUUGGAAGUAGGAAAGAAGAAAACGCCACUCUCAGAUCCAAAUCCGUUUCCACUCUCAGAUCCGAAUUCAGUCAAACUGGAUCCACUUGAGUUUCCAAAUAUGAACCCCUUUUCUUCUCCCGCGCGUUUGAGGGACAUGAUUCGGGCCAUACGUGCUUGCAAAACUGCAGCAGAAGAACGUGCUGUUGUAAGAAAAGAAUGUGCUGCUAUUCGUGCUUCAAUAGAUGAAAAUGAUCCAGACUAUAGGCACCGGAAUCUGGCUAAGCUAAUGUUCAUCCACAUGCUUGGCUACCCCACUCAUUUUGGUCAAAUGGAGUGCCUCAAGUUGAUAGCAUCUCCAGGAUUUCCGGAGAAGAGAAUGGGUUACCUUGGCCUUAUGUUGCUUCUCGAUGAAAGACAAGAGGUUCUAAUGUUGGUCACCAAUUCUUUGAAACAAGAUCUUAAUCACACAAAUCAAUAUAUAGUGGGACUUGCUCUUUGUGCUUUAGGAAAUAUUUCUUCAGCCGAAAUGGCUCGUGAUCUUGCACCAGAGGUUGAGAGAUUGCUGCAUUUUCGAGAUCCAAAUAUUCGGAAGAAGGCAGCAUUGUGCUCUGCAAGAAUCAUAAAGAAAGUUCCAGACUUGGCUGAAAAUUUUGUCAAUCCUGCUACUGCCUUACUAAGGGAGAAGCAUCAUGGAGUUUUGAUUGCUGGGGUUCAGCUUUGUACAGAGCUGUGCAAAAUUAACUCAGAAGCUCUUGAACAUGUUAGAAAGAAAUGCACAGAGGGUUUGGUCAGAACUCUGAAGGAUCUAGCAAACAGUCCUUAUUCACCAGAGUAUGAUACUGCUGGUUUCACAGACCCUUUUCUCCAUAUCAGAUUGCUUAGACUGCUGCGGGUAUUGGGUGAAGGUGAUGCUGAUGCUAGUGACUCUAUGAAUGACAUACUUGCCCAGGUGGCUACAAAGAUUGAGUCAAAUAAAAUUAUUGGGAAUGCCAUCUUAUAUGAGUGUGUUCAAACAAUAAUGAGUGUUGAAGAUAAUGGUGGCUUACGCGUGCUUGCAAUCAAUAUCCUAGGAAGAUUCUUGUCGCACAAAGACAACAAUAUCAGAUAUGUGGGAUUGAACAUGCUGAUGAAGGCUGUAACUGUUGAUGCUCAGGCAGUGCAGAGGCAUCGUGCAACAAUUCUGGAAUGUCUAAAGGAUUCUGAUGCUUCAAUUCGGAAAAGAGCUCUUGAACUUGUUUGUAUUCUGGUGAAUGAAACUAAUGUGAAGGCCUUAACAAAAGAGCUAGUAGAAUAUCUGGAAGUCAGUGAUCCAGAUUUCAGGGCAGACCUUACUGCCAAAAUUUGCUCAAUAGUUUCAAAGUUUUCCCCAGAGAAGAUCUGGUACAUUGAUCAAAUGCUGAAGGUUCUGUCUGAGGCUGGGAACUUUGUAAAAGAUGAAGUAUGGCAUGCCUUAAUUGUUGUGAUAAGCAAUGCUUCUGAGCUUCAUGGAUAUACAGUAAGAGCAUUAUACAAGGCAUUUAAGAUGUCAGCUGAACAGGAAACUCUUGUUCGCGUUGCAGUUUGGUGCAUCGGAGAGUAUGGUGACAUCUUAAUCAAUAAUGCUGGAAUGCUUGAUGUAGAAGAUCCAGUAACUGUGUCCGAGUCAGAUGUUGUGGAUGUCGUAGAGAUUGCUCUAAAAUGCCAUGCAUCGGAUCUUACCACGAAAGCAAUGGCUUUGGUUGCCCUAUUAAAGCUGUCUUCACGGUUUCCUUCUUGUUCAGAGAGAAUCAGGGAAAUAAUUGUUCAGUGCAAAGGGAACCUUGUAUUAGAAUUGCAGCAAAGAUCCAUAGAAUUCAAUUUGAUUAUUGCAAAGCAUCAAAAUAUUAGGCCUACACUUGUAGAGAGGAUGCCAGUUUUGGAUGAGGUGACUUUCAUUGCUAGGAGGGCUGGAUCUUUUCCAGGUGCAGGUUUAACAUCGACAGGAUCUUCAGUUGGCCUUUCAAAUGGAGUAGCCAAACCUGUGGCUCCUAUUGUAGACCUUCUUGAUAUGAAUUCAGAUGAUGCUCCUGCACCAAGCUCUUCUGGUGGUGAUUUUCUUCAGGACCUUCUUGGUGUUGAUCUGUCACUGGCAUCACAACAAUCUGAUGCCAGUCAACCUUCAAGAAAUGGUACUGAUGUUCUUUUGGAUCUAUUAUCUAUUGGAUCGGCUUCUGCACCUAUUGAAUCACCUGCACAGAGCAACUCAUCUACAAUUGACAUAUUGUCCCCCAAACAAAGUAAAAAGGCACCAAUUUCACCAUUAGAUGAUCUAUCAUCACUUUCACUUUCUUCAAGAGCAACAUCAAAUGCUGGAGCUGCUCCCAUGAUGGAUUUAUUAGAUGGAUUUGCCCCAGGCCCACCAACAGAAGAAAACAAUGAACUAGUUUAUCCAUCUAUAACUGCAUUUGAGAGUAGCUCCUUGAGGUUGGUGUUCAAUUUCUCAAAACAGCCAGGAAACUUGCAAACAACAAAUAUUCAGGCCUCCUUUACAAAUUUGACCUCAAAUGUAUAUACAGAGUUUACUUUUCAGGCAGCAGUUCCAAAGUUUCUUCAGUUGAACUUAGAUCCAGCUAGCGGCAAUACUCUCCCUGCUAGUGGAAAGGGGUCCGUCACACAAAAUAUGAAAGUUACUAAUAGCCAACACGGAAAGAAAUCUCUUGUCAUGCGCAUAAAGAUAGCAUACAAGAUAAAUGGCAAAGAGACACAAGAAGAAGGACAAAUCAAUAAUUUUCCUCGUGAUUUAUGAGGCCAGUUGGUCAGUGGUCUAUCUGGUUAUGCACAAAGCCUAUAUAUUUUCCGCACUUUAUAAUCACUUGUUAAAUAUUCAUGAUCCAUUCUUUCACAUGAGGUCUCAGUAUGGUUCAUGCAUUUAACCGGGUCACUUUUUGGAACAAAGUUGUCUAUUCGGUGGCUUCACAUCUUCACUAUAGAAUUUUUUUCCCUCUUAGAUUGUUUAUGUAACCAUUAGUACAAAUUAUACCUGUAUGAAAAUGUCGUAACCAAUUUUUUCUUUUCAAGGCAUAAAAUAUUGUAUCACGCUUAGUUCUUUAGGUGCUUACUGUUUUGCUUAAGUGUUGCAUGCAGUUUGAUAUCUUAUACUGAUUUUAGAUAAUAGUCAUAUCUGUUUAUC